AGGAUCAAUUCACAGGCUCUGCAAAUUUAAGAUGGCGACUCUUCUGUGGAAACAGGCAGCAUUAUUGAUAGCUUGCAAAUGGACCCCAUCUUGUAUGUGCGUGCGGACAAUGAAGUCUGUCAACACAAGAAAGAAAAAGCCAAUGCACAUCAUGCGGGCCAAGCUAAUGGCACUGACAGAACGCAAGGAAAGGCCAGACCCAAGGUCUCUCGCUGAGCAGUGCAGCAUGAGGAAGAGUAUCAGGGAACCAGAACAAGAUAAGCCCCAUCUUGUUCGGGAGUUCUAUGCUAGACUAUGUCGACAGGUCUUUGCUUCCAGUAAGCUAAUUGCAGUCUUUCACUCUGAGGGAUUAUCAGUUGGAGAACAGAAUGAUAUCAAACGAAGAUUGCGAAAGAAUAACAUUUUAUUAAAGGUGUAUGGUAACAGUAUAGUACAAGAAGCAAUCAGUGGCACUGAUCUGGAAAAUAUGAGACCUCUCUUUGUAGGCCCCUGCAUCAUUGCUGUAAGUGAGGAACUUCCUGUGAAAGAACUACUCAAGGCUACCAGGAGAAUACCAAAGCUUCAUCUCCUAGGUGGUAGAGUUGGGGACCAACUGAUGUCACCUAAAGGCAUGGAAGACUACUCAAAGUUACCUUCCCUAGAGAUCCUACAGGGGCAGUUUGCUGGUCUUCUCACUUCUUCCCUGAGUCAAACAUACUCCCUCCUCCAGGCCAAUCAACAGAGGCUGACCAUGAAUCUUGAUCAGCUGGUGAAGCAGGGAGGGGACUCGGGAGAUGGCACUGCAGAGGACAGAUGAUGAUGGAGUUGCUAGAGUAGAUGUAGAGUUACGUAGAUGAUAUAAACACCAGUCCUUCUGUUGUGAGCCACAAAUACAUGAGAGUUAUGAUAAGCAUUAGAAAUGGGAGCCUGAACUUUGAGAAUUCUAACCAGAAAAAUUAGUUCUCAUGUUUUCAUCAUGAAGGCCGUUUCAUUCUAGUGGGGUGUAAAAGAAUGCUUGUGGCAUGUACAUGUAUUUGGAAAAUGGUACGAGACUAAUUUUGUUCGCUUCAUGUUGAUUUGCAUUGUUAAAACCAAAAGCAAUGAGGAAAAUGCACAAGCAAAUUCUUAUGCUUGCAUAAUUAUCCUUGCACUUGCUGCCCCAAAGUACAUAAUAGCAUGCCAUUCGAUAUAAGCCCUUUGUCACUAAAAUCUUCGAAUCCAAAAUACAACUGUUUUAUGGUAAUGAAUAGAGCUAAUAUACUCUGCAAUUGAAUACAUUUUGUGUAAAAGCCAUGCACACAAAUUUGUGCUUAUUAUUAUGCUUAUUAUCAUAAACAAAAACAUUUACUUCAAUUUACCUUUGCUCUGAAUUUAGUAUUUGGUUUUGACAAUAGCAGUCAUCCCGAUGCGAACAUGAUCAAAUGCAACUGACAAGUAACUGCUUUUUAAUAUGCAUCAUGAUUCAAGCAACGGAGGGGGGGGGGGGUGGCAGCCUAGAAAAGCAAUUGCAGCUUAUUAUGAAGUUAUCACAAUUGAUAGUAUUAGAGGUUAGCUUCGGUUAAAAUCCAGAGAAAAAAAGAUAUUGGAAUGUGCAGUCUCUUCUGCUAAACUCAAAUUUAAUGACAAAUAGUAAAAGUAAGUCCCACAUCAUGAUUGAUUGAGCUUGGUACUCAGAUCAUUUUUUUUUCUUCACAUUUGAAUUUUGUUUUGUUGUAGUUUUACUCUGGAGGAUAAAAGUGUUAACCUGGUACAAUUAGUUCGCAACAACCACUCAAAGAAAGAUGAAAGUGUGGUCAGACUUAGAGCAAUGUAAUGAGAAUACCAACCAAUCAAUUUUUCUUUUCCAAUCUCCCAUUAUGAAUAAAAAUGGAAUGGUUUUAAUGAUUGUCUUCUCAUUCUGAUAACUGUGCAUCAAGACCAGACUGAAUAUUGCAUGAAGCACAUUACAAACUUUUUUUUAAACUAUCACUAUGCUCGAUUGAAUUAUUAUGAGAAAAUACAUUUAAUUAAAGUUAUGUAUCUUUUGUACAUAUGAGUAAUAAAGAGAAAGAACAAAAAUGUUUCGCUGAAUGUGUUAUUUUACUUCAGCGUGAUGGAUAAUGGGAGUGCUUGAGAAUGGUGGGGGGGGGGGGUGUUCAUGAUUAUAUUGUAAACUGUAAAAGAAUACAUGAGCACACAUUAUCUAUGAAUAAUAUUGUGAUUUAUUGUUUUGACCAGCAAAGUUGAAGUCAUGAAUUCAAAAAUCUCAUGUAUAAAAUUAUUUUGAAAAAUAAACACAAUUGUAUAGAUAAAAGGGCUACAAGUAGACUAUUCAGUACACUGUAUACUAUACAAAUGAUGCAUGCACAUGAAUACAUUAUGCGAUCUAUCCUCGUUUGAGUUGAGACUCUGUUCAAUCCACUGCACUCAGCCAAACAGCUUCGUGCAAUGCAGUGGACACAGGCUCAAUGAGGUGGAUAGGUUGCAUAAUGGACGAAUGAAGACCUACAUCAUUUGGUUUAUACGACUCUUCUAGAUCACGUAAUUCAAAAGCAGAUGAAAUUAAAAUAUAUUUUCCUAUCUCCAACAAUUCAUUUUCUCUGAAAACAUGAUUAUUUUUCCUGUGUAUGAAAGCAGUAAAUUGUUUUUGUUCCUUUUGUGAUGCACUUUGAUUCAUGAAUCUGAGUGUUCAGUCGGCUUUGAUGAUGCGCUUACUUCAAUGUGUGCAAACACACACACACAUACAAAAUGUACGUACACACACAUGCUCAGUGGUACACAAUGAGAGAGAGAGCUCAACCGUGCAAUGGAAAAAUAAAGUAUGCAUGGUCGCCAUGCAAUGGAAAAUAAAAUUUGCAUUUAGCACAAAAUGGAUCAAAUAUUGAAUGGCUUUUUACCAAUCAAAUUACAAGAAUCUUUGUAUGAGUUGUAUAAAAUUACUUUCUACAUACAUAUAGUGAUUUGGUGAAUGUAGGAUACAUAAGGUCUUAUACAAAUACUACAUUUGAAGUAUUUGAAGAAAGCACAAAAACAUUUGAAGAAAGCACAAAGAGAUAUAUAUGAUGUACAUUGAAAAAAAGUUUUAAAAAGGCAAGAAGCAGAUAAAAUAUUUACACUCAAUAAAUAUACACAAAUUUAAGUCACAAUUGAUUCUUUGCAAUAAAGAAACCCCAUCAGUGCUAGACUAGAAUGCAUCUUAAUUAAUUACAUUAACUAGCAUAAAUUCAUCUUUCACAAGCCAAUUGUGCAAAAUACGUUAUUUACCUCUUGAAUAAAUAACAUUUCUUCUAGUUGAAUAGAUUCCUGUGGUCCCAAGAAAUUCAAAUUCAGCAAAGUACUGUACACACACCAAUUAUAUUAGAGGAAAGUACAAAAACAUCCUUUGAAAAAUACACAAUUACAUACAUGACAGUUAAAUAAUUUUAUAUUCUAAGAUAUAUCAUACAAAAAUAAAAACAUACUGCCUGGUUGUCAUCAUUUUAAAACCAGAGAGCUUAAAAAAAUAGAAAUAUAAUAAACAUUUAAUACUGGAAUGUAAAAUGUAAGCUGAUAACACAUUUCCACCUUGUAUACCUUUUGAUAACUACAAUCUACAAUGUGAAUAAAGACAAUUUUCAUACACUUAUGAAAUAAAACAUUUAAAGCCAGUUCAAGGACCUAUUGCCUGUAGCAAUAAGCAAUUCAUGGAGUCUGCCUUCCACAUACUCUUGUGGCUAGUAAAUCCUUUGGCAUGUCACAGACACACUUUUCUGCAAAAAUUGUUCUUAACAUAAAAUUGUAAUAA